CUACUAUAUAACAAAUAAUUUGAGUGAUGGCCCAAAGAAAGCUGUGUACGAGGGGCUUUGGUGUGGCUAGAAGCCUGCUAGCUCUACAAAGAAGACUAACAACAUCCCAACCUAAAGUAAUAGACAGGAAGAUGAUGCAAGAUAUGGUGAAGGAACAGCAGAAGUUUAAAAAAGGAGAAAUAUGUGACAGUGUGUAUAUUUACACGAGGGGAGGAGCUGGAGGUCAAGGAUACAGAAGGAAGAAUGGGGUCGGAGGUAACGGAGGUAACGUGUGGUUGGAAGCUCUGCCAGUCUACCAGAACCUAAACCACGUGCACCACCACCAUAACAGAAGAUACGUGGCAGGGCCAGGUGACAAUGCCACUAACGAAAUAAUACGAGGAAGACAGGGUGAGGAUAGUGUGGUGGAAGUGCCGCCAGGAACGGUGGCUACUGAUAUCAAGACGGGGGAAAUAGUGUGCGAUGUGGACCAAGAAAACACUAGAUACCUCCUCCAGGGUGGUGAGAAAGGGGGUAGUCUGGUUAACAACUACAAGUCUAAACGAGGGGAAGAGAGGUUUCUCAGACUCGUUCUCAAGAGCAUCGCUGAUGUGGGGCUCGUAGGGUAUCCUAACGCGGGUAAAUCAUCUCUCCUAUCAGUCCUCUCCACAGCUACUCCUACAAUAGGCAGCUACCCCUUCACCACUCUCAAACCAACAGUGGGGCACAUGCAGACUAUUGACACUAAACAGAUUGUCAAGAUAGCUGAUAUUCCUGGACUUAUUGAAGGCGCAAGUGAUAACAGGGGACUAGGACACGUGUUCCUACAACACAUAGAGAGAACCAAGGUCCUGUUAUUUGUCCUGGACGUACAAGGUUUCAAGUUGAACCUCAACACACCACACCGGACCCCGUUUGAGACGUUCGGGUAUCUGUGUAGAGAGUUGGAGCUAUAUAUGGCGGGUCUAACUCGCCGUCCUAUUGUUGUUGCGAUAAACAAGAUGGACACAGGCGGAUCAGACUCUGAGUUUGAGGAGUUCCUCGGGCUUUACAAGACUAAACUCUCAAAAAUGAUAAGAGUUCACAGUAUAGUGCCCAUUUCUUGUUACACGGGACAGGGUCUCGACCAACUCCAGGACAUUCUUUUUGAGUUGAAAUAUAAGAAACGUAGGAAAGUAGAGGAGUCAAAUGUUGUUUAGUGUUUUAACGAUUUUUAAAAUUUUGCUGGUGUAAUUUAUUUUUGUAUAUUAUUUUGAUAUCUCGAUCCGUUUUUAUCAUA